AAGAAGGGGAAUUGCUAUUUUCAAGGGAUUUUCACCGUUUUCUUCACAGAGUGUCUUCAUUACUUAAACUGCCUAUUGAGAAUGCCUACAGGAACCAAAAAGUCAAAGUCCCAUAGUGCUAAAUCUGGAAAAAAGAGUGUCAAAAAACGGCCAUCGAAGAAAAGAUCAGCAAGCACUACAUGCACAAAAUCGCCAGUGGAUAUCCUGAGCCCAGCUGCCAGGGAAAACGUCUACUACAUUGCCCACAAUGCAGUGGACUGCCUGGAUUUCAGAGGCUUUGGAUGGUCUGAAGUCACUAAGAAAAAAGGAAAGGGACGAAAAAAAUCCCAAAAAACAAAAAAAUGAGCAAGGAAGGACCUGUCUUGCUGUCACUUAUAAAAAUACCAUAGAUAUUUUGUAAAUAUUGUCGUCAGGUACAUCAAUUCUGAAUAAAUUCUCUCAAUAUAUGUUUUUAAUUACCCAAGCAAUAUUUCAUUUAACAUGUGUACACAGUGCUUUUGAAUUACUGUAGUCAGAAAGUGUUGUUUUUUUGUAACAACCACACAAUAGUCCUGGAUGCAAACUUUGCAUUGAUUUUUUGAUCUCUUGUACAGUAACGAUUUAUGUAGGAACUUGUAUAGUAUAUGGCACAUGGACAGAUUAAAAAUGUGUGUAAUCAUUGUUAGGGUAAAGUAAGAGUUUUGGAAGAAGUGUCAGUGGUUUAUAACAGUCAGAGGUAAACAGGUCAAAUAAAGUUUUCAAACUGGAAAAUCGUCAGGAUAAAGUGGUGACAAGCUGCAUUUUUGUGUUAACUUAGGAAUGUACAAGACGCAGUGAGAUGAAGCACAGAGGGAAGGGCGCAGCAAAACAAAAGCCCUUCAACAGUAAGCUGAAAAAAUGCAAAAAAUUUUAGAAAAGGCUUAAAGUGCAAGUGAGUUUGAACUGCAGACACAUAGCUACUGUUAUCUGAUUAGACUAUCCAU